GCCAAUUACUGACAGUAUAUAAAGGUCCAAGGCUAGUAGAAGACACACAGUUCACCACAUCCUCUCGCAACCCACGUGAAAUCUCUUCUCUUGACAAGAUGUGUUGCAACUACGGCAACUCCUGUGGCUAUGGCUGUGGCUAUGGCUAUGGCUGUGGCUAUGGGCCCUAUUAUGGCUGUAGUUAUGGACCUGGCUAUGGCUGUGGAUAUGGCUGUGGAUACGGCUCCUGCUGUGGCUAUGGCACCAGAUAUGGCUGUGGCUGUGGCUAUGGCUCUGGUUGCUGUGGCUACCGGCCAUUUUGGUAUAGAAGAUGUUAUUCUUCUUGCUGCUAGAACAUCACUGCCCAAGACACAUUUGCUUCUGAAGUGGCACGGCUUAAGGGAGGGCUGAUUCAUUGAAAUAUACCCCAAGAUUUCUAUAUCCAAUGAAUUGCAUGCUUUCUGUAAUUGUGACCUCUAGUUAGCAUUUGUAUGAAGGCUUCCUGUGGCUGAAGGCUAUGUGGUAUCCUCUGACUAUUUUCCAAAUGUUAGUCUUCACUUCCCUAAUCUGGGUUCUUUGUUGAGUCUGUGGCAACAUAUCUAAAAUCCCACAGUGAGGCAAAUCCCUUAUUCUCAAUAAAAAUGUUUCAUUUUUUUCCUAAGUAA